CCCCGCCAGCCCCAAGCUCCUCUCAGCGCUCCGUUAGCAACUGCCGCUGUUGCCAACCGGCCCCUUCCCCUUCCGGGCCGCCCUGGGCCUGCCGGGACUUGGAGUUCGGGGCGGGGCCGCGCACUGUCCGCGGAACCGCGGGCCGGCAGCUACAGGCGGGAGCUGCGCGGGGCGUCUGCGGUGCCUGGGGCGCUGCUCCGCUCCGGGCGGACGGCUAAGGUGGCACCAUGAAGAGGAGAGCAGGGGAGCGGGAGAAAGAACUGAAGAAGAAGAAACUUCUUGAAGAACUUGGGGAGAAUAGGCUUCCAUAUCUGACACCAGCCGAUGCUGAUUUCCACCAGCUGUGGAAGACCAAGUAUUCCAAGCUGAUUUUCAGGAAAUCUGAUAUGGUACCUGAAGAGCUCCAUCAAAUGGUACAAGAAAGCUUUCUGACCUUGCGAGAACACAACUGUUUCUUCCAAGAUCUUGUAAGGAUCAAAGGAAAAGACUUUCUUACUCCAGUGUCUCGUAUUUUAAUUGGAAACCCGGGAUGCACUUACAAGUACUUGAACACAAGAUUAUUUACAGUUCCUUGGCCUACUGAAGGUUAUGAUAUAAAAUAUUGCAAUCCUCAAAUACAUGAUGCUUGUAAAGCAUUAAUGAGACUUAAUGACUACUUGCAUAUUGAAGCAGUCAAGGCAUUACAAGCACAAAAUUUGUUUGAGACCAAAGAAAUUAAAGAUACUACUGUAAUAGAUAGGGAGCAAAGUUUUGCUACUUCUCUUACAGAGCAAGGGUCUGUUUCAAAAGUUCAAAGUGGUGUUUGUGUACCAGAGGAUGACAGAAGUCUAAAGAACAGAACAUCUUAUAACUUGACUUUAUUAAAUUAUAUGGAUCCACUACAAAUGCUGUACUUGAAACAAGAACCUUACUUUGGAAUGGGGAACAUGGCAGUGAGCUGGCACCAUGACGAGAAUCUGGUGGAAAGGUCAGUGGUGGCUGUGUACAGUUACAGCUGUGAAGGUUCAGCCAUAGAAGAAAGCAAUGAACAAGAACUGAAGGGAAGAGACCCAGCUGUUUGGCACGUAGGCUUGAAGGUAGCAUGGGACAUAGAGACACCUGGAUUAGCAAUACCACUUCACCAAGGAGACAUCUACUUGAUGCUUGAUGAUCUCAAUAUGACACAUCAGCACUGUGUUCUGGCUGGUUUAUCACCUCGGUUCAGCUCAACUCACAGGGUGGCAGAUUCUUCAAGAGGAACAUUGGAAUACAUACUUGGACAAUGUGAACUGGCACUCCAGAAUUUACAGACUGAUUCUGAUUCAAUGCCUUUGUCUUUGAAAUCACUGGAAGCUGCAGUUGUGAAGCAAGUAGAAGAAAUACAUAACGAGGUCGAAUUUGAGUGGCUUAGACAGUUUUGGUUCCAAGGCAAGAGGUAUUUGAAGUGCACUGAUUGGUGGCUUAAGCCUAUGGCUAAAUUGGAAGAAUUUUGGAGAAAAAUGGAGAUUAUGAUUAUAAUUUUUAUGUGUUUCCUCCCUUUAAGACAAGUCUGGUCCUCUCUGAAGUUAGAAAAGAGCAACAAAUUGAGGAACAAAGGAAUGAGACCAUCAGCUGCUUCCUGCUACUUCUUAAGGAGAGACAAAAGCUACGUAAAGAAUGGACAGCAAGAUGCCAGUCAGAUGCAGCAGAGAGCUUGCCAGAAGAGCAGAAACCAGAAUGCCAUCCCUUCUGGACAGAUAAUGAUGAAUGUAAUAUGCCUCUGCCAUAUGAUCUAGAAGAAGUAAUUGCUUAUCUACAAAAUCUUGUUCAAUGGAUAGAAUAACAAGUGACCUUCCAUCCUAGAAUUAUUGAUGCUGGUCAUCCAGGGAGAAGCUUUGUAGUUACCAUAAAUCUUUUCAGCUUUAUGAUUCUUUGUUAUUUUAUGUGUCAGUGCAGAUUUUACCAGCCUUUACACAGUAGCUUAGUUUCUGUCUCAUAAUAAAAAAGACCAGCCCCCAAAUUUACAGAAGUGUGUGUUUUUUUAACUCCUGAAGUCCAGAACACCAGCCUUAGUUCCCUCCUGCUCUGCUUUAAUUCCCAUUGACCAUCCAGCCCAGGGAUAUCCGUGUUUCAUAGGACAGGAUGGGUCAGGCUGGAAGGGACCACAGUGGCUCAUCUGGUCCAACCUCCCUGCUCAGGCAGGGCAAUCCCAGAGCUCAUGGCACAGGAUUGUGUCAGUUCUGGAAUAUCCCCAGUGAGGGAGACUCCACAGCCUCUGGCCAAUCUGUUCAGUGCUUGGGCACUGCAGAGGAAAGAAGUUCUUGCUCAUGUCCAGGUGGAGCUUCCUGGACAUCAGUUCCUGGACAUCAGUUCCUGCCCAUGGCCUCUUGUCCCAUUGCUGGGCACCACGGAGCAGAGCCUGGUCCCUGCUCUGACACCUCCUGCAGAUACUGACAGACAUUAAUAACGUCCCCUCUCAGCCAUGUCUUCUUGAGGCUGAACAGCCCAAUUCAGCCAGUGUUUUGACAGAUUCCCUUGGUAUUUAAAUGUCAGCCUCCAUGAGUGCCUAGAGCUGUCUCUGGCCUGGCAGGUUUGAGCAACCCAAGGUGUAGCUCACACUUGUGGCAAAGCAGACUGCAUGAUCUGGGCAUCCUAAUGAGAGGCCAGCUUGGGGUGAACCUGCUGGAGAUCUUCACAACGGAGCUGUGAAUUCUUCAUCCAGUAACACAAAGGGGCAGGAGAUGGUGGAGGUAGUCCUUUGUGCAGUGGCUCCUUCUUAGACCAUUUUUUCAGAUGGGGAGUUCUGGAGGAGCAUUCUAACACAGAUCCCAAGACUUUCUUACUGUUUUGCCUCAUGGCAACUGAAUAUACUACUAGGAGGGAUUUCUGAUGUGAAUCUAUACCUCCUGGGCUCCCUGGAAUUCAGAAUUUAGUUCCUAGCCAUUGCUUGUUGCUUCAUGUUGUGAAUCCUAUUCUGAGGCCAGGUUUCCUAGUGCAUUGCCUAAUGAGCUGAUGGAUCUAAGGCCUUCCAUUUGGGUUGUUUGGUCCCCCAACAAACUAGAUUUAGAUUGUGUGAUAUUGGGUAUUGGAGCAUCAAGUGAGAUCUAUGAGAAAAAAAACAGAAAACUAUGAGAAAUGAAGCUGUUUGUGAUGUUUUGUAGUAACAUGCUGUAAAAAGAAUAAUUCUGUGUGGGAUGAUACAGGGUGCUCCUGAAUGAGACAGAGAAUUUGGAUUUGAUAAAUUGCUAUUUUAACUGUGCUGGUUGGACUGGUGUCUGACUUUGCCACAAAAAGCAGAAAAUCAUUACAGCAAAAAAGCACUCAGGCUGUGUUAUCACUACAAAAGAAGCCAGUAAGAUUCAGAGUUUGACGUUGCCACCAAGAGAUGAAUAUGCCUUCAGUGUUAAUCUGGUGUUUAAAGUCUCUGCUGAGGCCAGGCUCACCCAGAACACACCAGCUUUCUGUACUGGCAAAGUGCUGUGUCUGUGUAUGAGGCUUGUACUCCUGAAAAUUGUGCUUUUGACAGUAUCACAUAUGCCAGACCUCCCUGGAGCUAAGGAAGCUGUGCCAGUAAAAAUUCCAUUUUAGUGGUAUAAAACUGUGUCCACACCUACCAGCUUUUGCCAGGACAAUUAUAUCAGGUAGAGAUUGUACUUCAUAAGACUUUUGGUAUAGAUGUGCCAGAAAAAGUAUAAAGACCUGAAUCAAGUGUUUCCAUUUUAGUCCUGGGCUUCUGUGAAAACUUUUAGUUACCCUGUAGAAUGGAAAAACUCUCUGAAGAAUAAAUUAUUACUUAAAACAGGUUUUGAUAAUGUUACCUUGAUCCACACAUUUGUCUCUUGUGCCACAGAUUUCAUAACAUUUGGAAAUACUGUUAUGGGCACAGCUUUCUCUUUCCUGCACUAGCUAAAACUGGCUUUACCAGUGGGCAAAUAGCACAUAUUUGGAUUAGUGCCACACUAAACACUGUUUGCUUUGGAGAUCACUUAGAGAAAAGCUAGCUGAAAAUGUGGGAAUUCUGCUUUUGAAAAGGCAGUUCUCAGAAACAGAUAUUGCUUUGGAAAUGAGCAAUAUGAAUUAACAAGCUAAUGAUGUAACAGUGUUAACACAGUGUUUGAGGGGACUGUUUAUUUAUGCUGCUACUUUAUGAUUACUUUGUGUUUAAUUAAGCGCUGCUAAAAACCAUGGGGAUCACAGUAUUGAAAGGAAUCUGACCACCACAAAGGGUGGAGAAUGCACAUCAGUGUUGAAGUUUGUAGCUGAAGUGGAGGCAAAGCUAUUAAAAAAAUGAUUGGCAAAAAAUUAUUUCCAGCAGUACUAAAAAAAAAAAAAAAAAAAAAAAAUAUCCCAAACCUAUUAGGAGACUGCUGA